AUGGAGCCUCUAUCAGCGGUCUUACGAGUCGAGAAUGGCACCGGAGGACCGUUCGACGUCCGCCAGCUGCUUGCACGAUGUGGAGAAAUGUAUGUCUUUCCGCUGUUCACGGUGGUGGGUGUGGUUAACGGAAUGGACGGCGUUCCAAGACCAUUGCUCUAUCCCUUCAAUGGCGGCUCAGCUGGAUCCGCAGUCUAUUUUCUCAAGUUCUCUACCGAAGAAAGGGCGGCGGUUGCACAGCAGCUUGGAUCCAAGACACCAGGGAUCAGUAUCACAGCUAUUCACAAUUCGGCGGAAUGGAUAUCUCAUUUCCGACUGGCUAGCUCCACUGGCAACUUGUACCCAGGGUCCGGCACACCCAGCAACGAUUACGAUCCUUUACGAAAGGUGCACGGAAACCCCUUUCAUGGCUCUGGAUUGACCGUGCCCGACUCGAUGCCCGGCAAUGCCCAUAACGACCUCCUGUUUCCUGCUUAUCCCUCGAGUUCCAGUACACCUCUAUCUUUGGCGGCACCUCUCUGUCAAGUCGAUUCUCACCCAGUGUUUGGCACUGGGAACUGCUACCCAUUCUCCUUCACUUCGAACCCUAUUGACUUGGCCUCGAAACCCCCAUUGACUUCUUCGGACUUGCUCAAGGCAGGACUGACCUACCCACACUCUCUGGAGACUUCCGUACUGAUGGAUCUACGGAGCGGCAUCGUUGCAUAUGACCUCGAGCGCCUGGAGGACGAUCCUGCCUCGGCGAUUCAUUUGCUGAAACUCACUAAGAGCGAUAUCCAUAUCUGGAUGGUCAUCGCCGCACAUUAUAGAAGGACCAAACGGCCGCUUGCAGCCAUUGAGGUGGUUUUCGCGAUGAUGGAAGGUGGGCUUGAAGAUAGAGCCUCCCGCGAUCGAUUGCCCUGA